AUGACGUAUCUUAUUAAAUGUAUACUUCUGAUCAUGACCGUCAUGGCAUCAGUUGCCUUGGCUGGACAAUGUGACGGUCUAGCAGAAGCCGACUGCAGGGGCAAUGGAGCCUGUCAAUUUGUACCGUUCCUCUCAUGUUGUGGAAAGUCCAGCAGCUACUGUGUUGAGAACUGCGACUGCAAGAACGAGUUGAGUUGUGGAAUAGAUGCCAAGGGUGAGAUCUGGGAGUUCUGGACCUCUUGCAAGCCAGGCGUUGGCUUCCUGCCCUAUGCUACACCAAACGGAACCUGUGACUCACUGAGAUGCCAGGCCGAUGAGACCUGCGAGUGGGUCCCAUCAUCCCCAUGCUACGGAACCUCAUGUUGUCCAAGAAUUCCAAAGUGUGUUAAGUCCACAACUUCCACAUCUGGCACUACUACUACUACCACCACUUCUACCUCUGGUACCUCUGGUGGCAACAUCUGUGACAUGAUCAUUUGCCCAAUCGGUCAGGUGUGCAGACUCCUGUCUGACGGCUCAGCCAAGUGUGUCCAGGCCCCACCAACCCCAGACCCAUGCUGCAUUGGCAUUACCUGCCCAACCGGCUACAUCUGCAAGGAGGCCAACGGUGCCCCAACCUGCGUCAAGUCGGAGAUUGACUGCUGCACUGAUGUCACCUGCCCAGCCAACUUUGUCUGCAUGGAGCAGAACGGCCAGCCAACCUGUGUCCCAACCGCCCCAACCUGUGACACCACCCAGUGUGCCCCAGGCUUCGACUGCAAGAUGAUCGCCAACAUCCCAACCUGUGUCAAGUUUGACUGUGAGGACAUCAACGAUAUUGACUGCUGUUUGGCCGACAAGCGUUGCGCCCUCUCCAAGUCCACCUCGUGCUGCGGCCAACAGGCUCAGCUCUGUGUCAACAGAGACGACUUGGGCUGCCGCGACUUUGAGUGUGGUACCGAGCUCUACUGCGCCGUCUACGCCUUGACUGGCCAGAUCCACCACUUCAACAACACCUGUGUGCCAAAGAGAGACUGGAUCCAGUACAUCCCACCAAAGGGACCAACUUGCGCUGAGCUCAAGUGUGAUGCCAUCGGCCAGGCUUGCAUCCAGACCCCAACCUCUGACUGCACUGGAGGCCCAUGCUGCCCAACCAUCGCAGCCUGCUACCCAUUCAACUACACUGCCGGCUCGACCAUUGCCACCACCACCGUGUCGACCGCCUCCACCACUGCUUCCACCAUCGCCCACGUCUUCACCACCACGGCCUCGACCACCGCCUCCACCUCGGCUUCCACCUCAGCCUCGACCACCACCACUGGCGGUGACAUGAACUGCAACUGUGCUGCCGACGAGGUCUGCUGCCAGCCAGACAAGAGCCUCGAUGCCACCUGUCUCAAACUCUGCAGCUUCAUUGAUUGCGCUGCCGGCUACCACUGCCUUGUCAACAACGGACAACCAUUCUGUGUAAGCAAU